AUGUGUGUUGAAACUAUCACCAUCGCACAGUGCGCUCCUAUGAGCGCUCCCGAGAUGUCUUUUACUUGUGGCAAGCUCCACAUGAUCGCCCACGACCGCGUGGUCUGUGAUCUCUCUCGCGGCACCUGCAUCUGCUUCUUCGGCACUUGCGGUACCGUCACCCGCGUCGUCCCUACCGAUGGAGUUGAUCUCAGCUCUGUUACCAAGGUUCGAUGCGCCUCUUGCACCACUCGAGAGGACAACGUUAGAGAUCGUCGUCAAGACCGAGAGAUCCUUGAGUCCGCCCUCUUGCAGCGACCUGCUAUUCCCGACGCCGCUUGGGAGGAGCACUUUUCGUUUCUUAAGAAGCUCUGGCACUCGAAGAACACUUGCCCCUACCACUCCGACACUUCUGUCAUCAUGGUCAAGGCAACUGCCGAAGAGCCUGCCAAGGAGCAUGUUUGGGUCGAGGGUGUCACCAAGCCCACUGCCGAGUCUGUCCCUGUCGACACUUCUUUCGUCGAAGUGGCUAUCGACAAGGAUCAUUCCCUUGAUCAAGCCGCUAACGAUGCCUCUAUACAUACCGAGGCUGGCUCCGGCCCCUGUGUCGACCCCUGGACUGGUGAGGCUAUCACUGCCGAGACUCCUGGCAUUGACUCUACUCCUGGUAUCGACUCUACUCCUGCCAAGGACUAUCAUCGCGAGGACGAGGCUACUAUCGAGACUAGUUCUGACACUUCUGUCAAGAACGGACUCGAAAGGGAGGUCGGUAUUGAGACCAGCCGCUGGAAUUCCCAGGUACCCAAGACUCCCGAACAGAGCGAUGGACAAACUCAGGAGGUCCAGCACAUCGAGGAGUUCCAGCAUGUUGAGGAUGCUCAGAAGGUCGAGGAAGGCCAGAGUCCCGGUGGCGCGCAUGUCUCCCGACGCCCUGUCAACUUCUCCUUCAGCGCUGAGACUGCUGAGAAGCGGCGCGAACAUACCGAGAAGUUUGCUUCUUUGAAGUCCUUCCUUGCCGGAAAGGCCUAA